CUUUGUUCCUUUCCCUCAGCUUUGCUCUCCGUUGCGCCCCUCCCCAGGAGAAGCGCUGUGCCGCGCUGACCGCGCUGUGCCUUCAGCGGGGCUGCCGGGCGCUGCUCCGAUCGAAACUUGUUCAAAGUCAGCCCUGAGCGAACAGCAGCCUGGAGAUACCUACAGCUCCUCCGUAGCUGUGACUGUAACUUAGGCGGGGUGAGGACUCACUUGUUCUAUUAGACGCCGGGAGGAUGCGGGUGCUGUCCCGCGAAAGAAAAGGCAGCGUGUUGGGGGGUCUGGAGAAAGAAACGGCUUUGCUUCUUUGCGCACAGAUAAACGCUAUUAUUUGGGACGUCGUGCCUGGGCAGGCUGUGGGGGAGCGGGCAUAUGCACAAACGGGCAUGCAAUGCUAUUUCUAGAAGCUCAGUGUCAUUUACACGUUGACUGGAAAGCCAUCUGUAUGUCUUGCAAUAAGCAAAGCAGUCAGGCACUGCUUUUAAGACUUCGUGUACUUUUACUGAAGGCAGGUAAAACUAAAGCUGCUGUUUCUUCGGAUAGAUUCCCAGCUCGAAGUGACUGCCUGUAUGUAACGCAGCUUGAAGUUAGUAAAGCUACGUCUAACAGUUACCCUUUGGACGUUCCUUACUGCCGUUUAGCAAUAAAUGGUGUCAGGUGAUGCAGUGUUCCCAGGUCCAGGUUCUGAGUGGGCCAGGCCCCUUCUGUGGGCGGGAGGAACGGCCGGCAUCCGGUGUUGGGGUGCGAAGGGGAUGGGGGUAACUUUCUGGAACUUAACCUCCCUCUGUAUAAGGCCCAUUCACCACAGAUUGGGAUGCGCCGUUACUUCAUUGAUCUCUUGACCGUCCUCAGCAACCGUUGCAGUCUCUGCCCUACAGCCCGGCACCUCGCCAUCUACUUACUGGACCUCUUCAUGGAUCGCUAUGAUAUCACUGUCAAGCAACUGUACGUCACUUCGUUUGCCUGUCUUCUCCUAGCAAGUAAAUUUGAAGAGAAAGAAGAUAAAGUUCCGAAGUUGGAGCACUUAAAUAACCUGGCAUACAUGUGCAAUGUGAAUGUGGUAUUGAGCAAGAAAGAUUUGCUUAGAAUGGAAAUGCUGCUUCUGGAAAACUUCAACUGGAACCUGUGUAUACCAACAGCAGCACACUACAUUGACUACUACCUCUAUGCAUCUAUUGGUGAGAAUGACCUUCACAACGGCUGGCCGAUCACCUCACUAACCAAAGUCAAAGCAUUUAUGGAAAAAUAUGCAUAUUAUUUCCUUGAUUUCUCAGUGCAAGAUCACAGUUUCCUUCAUUUCCGUCCAUCUCUGAUUGCUGCAGCUUCUGUGUGUGCCUCACGCAUCUGUAUGCAGAUUUCUCCUGCCUGGACAACACAGCUUGAAUUGCUCACGUGUUACUCCUGGGAGCACCUUGCCCAAUGCAUUGAAAUGAUGCUCAUAUAUUAUGAGAAUGAUAUCAAAGAAGCCAGUAACAUAAAAAAGGAAGUAACAAUCCAACAUCAGCAACAGGAAGUAAUGGAAAACCUGAGACAUGGAGCCACUACUCAAGUUCUAUUUCAGCAAUCUAGUUACCAUCCGUUAGCCCAGCAUUCAGCUAGUCUUUCCCAGUUCCAGUCACCAGUGCAGGAUUUGUGCUCUGCUUAUCGUGACACCUUACAGGCACACAGGCCCAGCACUCUGCUUGCUGGGAGUGCUGACAGCUCAUUGCACUCCUAUGCUGCUCUUCAGGCCAGCCUGCAGCCAUCUGCCCAGUCUCUGCACGUGCAAAUGCCUAUUGCUGUGCAGGUGGCCUUAGGAACAGAGCCCAGCCACUGCAUUUCCACGGCUUACGGUAGUAGUUACUUCAGUGGCUGCCAUUCAUAUCCAGCCGGGUGUUUUGAUGGAUAAAUACUGGUGUGAGAAAAAGGUGACACGAGUGAAAACUGAAGAAAAGACCCUGUGAGUGAUACGGAAUGUGUAUCUGAAUGAGAACCAUGGAGGAACAGCAUCCUUAUGUCUUACUCAUCCACAGGACGUGGAUCUGGAUCCACUGACCACUGGAAGCUGGGUGCCUUUGCCAAGGAUUGUAUCUUUCUCUCUGAAUAAGAGAAAUAGAAAUGCAGUAACAUACCUCAUGGAAUGUAACUUUGAAAGGCACAUGCAUAGCAACCCUGUGGAUACUUUCUAGUCUUCAGUUAGUGACUCACCAAUCCGAGUUGGCUGAAAGCUUGAGUUGAAGUGUUAUUUCAGGCUAGAGUGUUCCUUGAAUUUCUGGUUAAGUAGCAGUGUUCUUGGAGGAUGUUAUUGAAAACAGAGCGCUCUCUCUCUCUCCCAGGGAUGUGUCUUUUGAAGAGUGGCAGCUUAUACUACUGGAAGCUUCUACAAAAAGUAGCCUGAAGUGGCAUUUGCUUAAACGUGGAUGCUCUUUGUUUCUGCAGAGGUUGAUACAUAGAACACUUCAGUUUUCUUUGACCUGGAGUGACAGUGCAGGAGUAAGACUGCAUAAUAAAAAGGAACAAAGGCUGGAAGACUAUCGAAUAAUCUUUUGUCUUAAAAUUAUCUUGGAAACAAGAUGUGAUGCUACUGAACUGAACACAGAACACCGCUCUGCCUUUGCUUAUUUGGGGAAAAAAAGUCCAACAGAAACAUUAAAAAGCAUAAAUGAUCUUAGAACUUAACCAUGCUGCUGCUUUUUGAGACUGGAGAUAAUUGUUAGUAAAACUGUUUACAAGCUUUAUCAGGGAUUUAAUGUUACUUGAAGAAAUCUUCUUUGAAAAACUCUCAAACUUCAGUCCCUUCAGUUACUUUUGUAGUUUGGGCUCAACGGUCUGUGGCAGCAGUUCAAUUUUAGGACAGAGGAACUGCUGGUAAUGUGGGCAGAGAUAGGGAACUGGUUAACUUUAUUGGGAAAUUGGGUCAGUUGCAGCACUAGGCAAUGCUGACUUAGUUUUCUUGAACAUUGCCUUGGUUCUCUUGGAAAAUGUAGCUGGUGAAUUGCAGAUCAUAUUACUUUAUAAUGAGAUGCACCUACUGUGAGAUACCCAAAUGUUUCCUUUUCAAUUGAGAUCAGAGAAGAUUGUCUAGGUCUUUGUUUGUUUAACUGCAAUGUAGAUAUUUACAAGAAACAGACUUCUGAAAUGUGAAACUUUUAGUUUUGAUACGCAGCCACUAUCGUGUGUUCCUUUGAAGGCAAUACUGUUGGACUGUCCUUUUUCCUUAAGGAUCUCAGGACUGCAGUACAGGUAAUGUGCAAUAUGCUUUUUCUGACUUGGAGCAGCUUUUCCAAGUCAUGUGUCGAUGCUGUUUUAAAUUAUAUUUUCAGAGAAUUGUUUUUAAGGGUGUUUUAAGGUGGAGGGGAAAAAUUAGCCUGCAUGCUGAUGUGUGCUUGUGUAACCAUCUUCUGAGAAUGCAGUGUUUGUUGUUAAGCUAAUGAUUUCCUGCAUUCAGCAGGCUAGGGGCAUUUUUUUCAUUUAUAAAAGGCAAACAUAAUGAAGAGGCAAUACUUUUCAGAAAUGGGUCUAGAAGAGUAGAGAACUUAGUUCAUCUUUAAUUCUGUUGGUUUUGUAUUUAUAUUAAACUUUAUUUUUAGAAGAC